GUUUUAAAAAUACGAAGUAUAGAUUGUGGUAUGAAUUUCAAUAUUGCUUGCUUUAUUCUUCAAAUUAAGUUUUUUCGUUUACAACAUGAUGUUUUUAGUAUCUAAAUGUGCAUGCUGCUUUAAAUUGUUUUGAGACUUUAUAAAUUUGCGCUAUAUUGUUCAACCUGUAUUUAAUGAACUUACAGCGCAAAAAAUAGGAUGUGUGUAUAACAAGUAUUUAUUUCAUCAUUUUUCAAAAUUUGUAGGUAUUAUUAUGGAUGCCAAUAAUAUUGUUACGGCAUUUAUUACUGCAGCUGAUCAGUAUUCUAUGAAUCAAUCAGAAAAUAAUUUGAAAUUGUUGCAGAGGCAUUUGGAACUUCUUGUUUGUUUAACAUCUGAAGAAACUAAUCUUAUAUUUUUGCAACAGCAAUCGCUUCUAUCUUCUCAAUGCAUUACUCAUGUCAUAAAUGUAUUUUUAGAUGGCAGCAGAAAACAAUCACUUAUACCACGUGCCUUGUCUGUCUUGCAAAACUUACUGAAAAAUUCUACUCUUUUUAAAAACUUGCAAACCACCUUCCAUGUUCAUUCAGCAUUAUCGACUUUUUUACAGCAUUAUGGUGUAAGCACCAAAGAUCCAAUAGUGCUGCAAUCUAUGCUAGUUCUUGAAAUUAUAACAUACAAUAUUAAAAUUGAUUACAUAGAAAAUCAUUUUGAAAAUUUAAUCAAUGUGCUCAUAAAUCUAAUGGAUGCAGAAAAUCCACAAUUUGUAAAAAUAUCCCUUCAUAUUUUAUCAAAUGUAUGUCGUAACAAUUCUAAAAUUCAAAGCUAUAUUUGUAGUUUGCCCAAUUUGAAACAGAUUGUGAAAAAGUUAGUUAGCAUUCUUAAUACAUCGGUACCAAGUAUAAUAUUAUACGCUCUCUCUAUUCUUUUUAGUCUUACUCCAUAUAAUCACUUUGGAACAAAACUGUGGACAGAUGAACAUCUAAUGAUGACUUUUGAUCUUAUCAUAAAAUUAUUAUUUUGUGAUGAUGAGAGUUGUGCUGCAACUGCUGUUGAUCUUUUUACUGAUAUAAUUUCUGCUAAAAAACACCAUCCUUGGUUAAAAAAAUUAUCUAACCUCAUAAAAGUAAUGAAAAAGAUAUGCAAAAUUCUUCCAGAAGUGCCUUCAAACCGUGCAGUUUUGUACUUGAAAUUUCUUCUUGCUGUUACUGAGUUUCCUGAAAUUUUAGAAAAAAUUUGUUCUUUUCUUUGUAUUUCAGAAUCGGAUGUUAAUGAUUCUCAAAUAUGUACAAACUUAAAGAUCCAUCCUAUUCUCAUUAAAUGGUGUGCAGAUCCUGAAGAAAUUGAUCCAUCUUUACAGCAAAUUUCUUUACAAAUUAUAAAAUGCAUUCUCUGUUUUUACACUUCUGAUAAUUUUUGCAUUAUUGAGGAAAGUGUAAAAGAAAUUUUGCAAGCAAUUUUGGAAAAAAUAGUCUUUCCUAAGUGUAUUGAUAAUUCUUUAUGGGAAGAUCAUUUAGAAUCCAAAGUUAUCAUUUUUGAAAUUUUGCUUUAUUUAUCUAAAAAUACCAAUUUAAAAUCCUUCAUUUCUCUUCACAUUAAUGCUCAGUUAUGUGAAGAUAUUGCUAAACUUUUAUUGGAAAAAUAUGUUUCCGAUGGCAAUAUUAGUUUUGAGCCAAGUGUGAAUCUUUUCUUAAUGAUUAUUGAGACCAUUGUUUCAUUGGGCCCAUCAUUAACAGGAUUUCAUGAAAUUCUUUCAAGAUUACUAGAGAGUAAUAGUGCAUUGCAUUGCUUUUCUUAUGCUUUAACUUCUAGUAACAGUGAACUUGUUAAUCGGAGUUUGUCAUUAAUAGCUCAAAUAGGUGAUAAUUAUUCUUUAAAGGCAUUGAGUGAGAGUUUAUGUAUGCGAAACUUGAAUAUGCUCAAAAGUAUAAGUCAGUAUUCAGAUUCUGGAGAUUUAUUUUCAUCCUGUGAUAGGGUACCAGCAGCAAAGAAACUCCACUUAAGUGCUAAUAAAGUAAGUGAAAAGACUAUUGAUGCUUUAUUGAGCAGGAUAGAAAAUGGCCUCCAAAUAAAAGACUUGAAAUCAUCAGAAAUAAUGGACUUAUAUGAACAUAAAAUUGCUAUGCUGACUUUGAAAGAACAGGAAUUGCAGAGCUAUGUUGAUGCGAAAACAGCUGCUCUGCAAGAAGCAGAUAGAAUUUUAAUACAGUAUAAAUGCCGACAAGCAGAUAUUGAUGCUGAAUCAUUGAAAUUAAGAAGUAUGAUGAAAGAUUAUGAACGACGAUGCGAACAGGCUGCUGUCCAACUGAACUCUGCUGAGCAGAAGCAAAGAAAAGUGGAAGCAGACUUGAUAGAAGCAUAUCAGAAAAUUAGGGAACUUGAACAAAACAGUAAUGAACAGAGGGAAUUAAUGCAAACUCAGUUAAAUAGAUUAUCUGAACAGAAAAGAAAUACUGAAGAAGAAAAGACCAGACUUUCUGAAUUGAUAGUUUCAAAAGACCAAGAGAAAAAACUGCUAAUGAAUCAACUUCAACAAAGUGAGGAAGAGUUACGAAUGAAAGAUAAAGCAUAUGAUGAGCUUAUUGAGAUUAAAGAAGAACUUUUGAAAACUCUUGAAGAAACUAAGAAAUCUGCUGAGAAAGCCAAACUUAAUUCCGAGCAGAAGCAGCAACAUUUACAAAAACUUAUUGAUUCUGCCCAACAAGCUAUUGCUGUUUUAAAAGAAAAUAAUGAAACUUUGAAUAAUGAAAUGAUUAAAAGAACAGAAGAAUUUACUCAUCAAAUAUCUGAUUUAGAAAAUCAGAAAGAACAACUUACCAAGCAAUUGAAAUCAAGAGAUUCAAAAAUAGAAGAUUUAAAUGAAAAUCUAAAGAAUCUUAAUGAGCUAUUAAACGAAAGAAACAGUCUUUUACAAGAAACAAAAACCUCAUUGACCAAUCUCAAAGGGACCUUAGAACAGACCGAGAGCCAGAAAACCAAAUUACAACAGGAUAAAAAGAUAUUGGAAUUGCUAUGCAAAAAAUAUGAAGGAACCAUUGAAGAAAAGGACACUCAGCUUCAAACACUAACAGAUGAAUUAAAAUCUCUUCGUAAAGAGUAUGAAGAGUCCGUAAAUGAUAAAGACAGUCAGAUUAAGAAUUUGCAAGAAGAACUUGCUAAACAUGAAUAUAUUACUGGAAUGAUCCACAAUCUUACUAGUGGGAAAUUAAGCAUUCCUAAAUAAAUAAAUAUAUAUAUGUACUGUUUUAAGUGUUUUGUAAUUUCAUAGAUGGAAUCUAACAUUUUAGUUAAAAUUAUAUAUAGAAAUCAUGUAGAGAAAUUAAUAACACUAAUUAUAUAAUCAUUAAAUGUUACCUGAAAU